UUUUACAGUCGCCUGAAUUUUGGAGGCAUUUCAGGCGACGCGCUUGUAGUGGUGGGUUUGCCUUUGGUCUGUUCCGAGCUUUAAAAUGGAAUCGGGGGAGGCACGCAAGGCGGCGGAGGGCGAGGCGUUCGUUGGCGACACCGGUCAUGGGCGGUGGAGGAACGGUGGUGGGCCAGGGACGGGGCGAGGGCACACCGCACACUGCAGAGAAAGACAAGAAGAGAGAGGAGCCCGAGGCGGCGGGGGACGUGGCCGUGGUGAUGGUGCACCCCUACACCAUCCUCGGCGGCGUGCAGGGCCUGCUGCGGGGGAUGGCGGAGGGCGUCGCGCGGCGGGGGUACACCGCCGUCACCUUCGACAUGCGCGGGGCAGGGCGGUCCACGGGGCGGGCCUCGCUCACGGGCUCCACCGAGGUCGGGGACGUCGCCGCCGUCUGCCGGUGGGUCGCCGAGAACAUCAAGCCGCGCGGCAUCCUCCUCGUCGGAUCCUCCGCUGGGGCAGCAAUUGCAGGGUCUGCAGUUGAUAAAGUUGACGAGGUGAUUGGUUAUGUUAGUAUCGGGUACCCAUUUGGUCGUAUGGCCUCAGUUCUAUUCGGCAGGCAUCAUGAUGCUAUACUCAAGUCUCAAAAGCCAAAGCUAUUCAUCAUGGGAACCAAAGACGGAUUCACAAGCGUGAAACAGUUGCAAAACAAGCUCAAAUCUGCAGCUGGACGGGUUGAUACACACUUGAUGGAAGGAGCUGGGCACUUCCGAAUGGUGGGCCCUGCUUUCGAUGCCCAGAAGGUAGAUCUUAUUGUUAAAUUCAUUAAUUCCUUGCCAAAAUAGCAUUUACUGCGAUUGUAUGAGAGUUUUGAAAUCGUAGUGAUGAGCAGAGCGUGAUGUUUGGUUAGUGCCGUCAUGGUGUGUAUUUUCUUAUGUUGCACAUGUGCACUAUCUGUUGUUUCUGAGAUUGUCUACAGUUGUACACCGCGUGUUGUAUUCUAAUGUAAUCUUUUUUUUAUUUAAAACCGAUGUAAUCUUGACUUUGAAAUUCUAAAUGGUAACGUCCUGAACGGUUGGAUGAUAA